CAGCUAGCAGUGCGCGGCGCGAGGGCGCAGGAGGAGGAGUCCGGGGCCGCUCGGCCCCUCGGAGCCAGGUCACCCUCCCAGGGCAGCUCCGAUGCCAUCAACUCCAGACGGCAAGCAUAUGCGGUGCUGGGACCUUGCCAUGCUCCUAGUGGGCACGCAAUAAAGCCGUCCUCUGGCUGUGGUUGACUGUUUACCUGGAGUCUGGUGGCACCGUAAUUAGAAGAAAUGACAGGCAGCCAUGGGGAAGCGAUACUUCUGCGACUACUGUGACCGCUCCUUCCAGGACAACCUCCACAAUCGAAAGAAGCACCUGAACGGGCUGCAGCACCUCAAGGCCAAGAAGCUGUGGUACGACAUGUUCCGAGAUGCAGCCGCCAUCUUGCUGGACGAGCAGAACAAGCGGCCCUGCAGGAAGUUCCUACUCACAGGCCAGUGUGACUUCGGCUCCAACUGCAGAUUUUCCCACAUGUCUGAGCGGGACCUGCAGGAGCUGAGCAUCCGAGUGGAGGAGGAAAGGCGGGCCAGGGAGUGGCCACUGGACCCGCCUGAGCUCCCAGAGGGCCAUCUGGAGGACUGGCUGGAGAAGAGAGCCAAGCAGCUGAGCUCCGCUCCGAGCAGCAGGGCUGAACCCAUCAGAGCCACCGUCUUCCAGUACCCCAUGGGCUGGCCUCCGGUCCAGGAACUGCCCCCCUCCCUGCGGGCACCCCCACCCGGAGGGUGGCCCCUGCAGCCCAGAGUGCAGUGGGGCUAGCCCCUCCCCCCUGCCUGCGCCCCCCACUCCCUGUCGGCUGUCAUCCGUCAGAAUAAAGACAUGGGUCAGGA